AUGGUAAGGGUUCCUCGAGAGGUAAGCGGUUGUAUCGCUUUACCAUUGGAAUUACCCAGCAAAGGAGCUUUCUCCCGAGAAGCCACUCACUACCUCUACCUGAAACCUCACGACCCCAAAAUCCCCGACGAAGAUACACCUAGAUCUUUAUUCUUGGUGAACAUCCCAGUAUGCGCUACCGAGCGGUCCCUGAAAUACCUUUUCACGACUCAACUUGAAGGCGGACGCAUACAGCAAGUGCAUUUUUCGGAGAAUGCACCAGGCAAACAACCCGCUUCCGCAACGAAAUCAAGUCGAAAGCGUAAGAGGAUGUCUGUCGAAGAGAUCGAGGCUGGACUGGACACAUACUCGCUCCCAAAUGUCUUUGACAGCGAGAUCCAAAAGUCUGGCGCGUCGGCUGUAGUCGUCUUUGUGGACAAACCUAGCAUGGAACUCACUCUCAAAGCCGCUCAACGAGCCGCAAAAACGGGUACACCAAUCGCGUGGGAAGGCAUGGCAGGCUCAGUGGUCAAUGAAAUACCGCGGCUCGGACUGACGAGAUAUGAACGCCACAAGUCACUACGAUAUCCCUCGCGCAAGGAACUUCUUCGUUCAGUCAACGCAUAUAUGACUGCUUACUCCCAACUCGAAGAGUCUCGGUCUCGCGAAAACGCACGCAAGCGCGCACUUCCUGAUGAAGAUGGUUUCAUUACUGUCACUCGAGGAUCAAGAGGCAGUGCGCGGAUGGAUGAAGCGAAGGAGUCUGCCGAGAAGCAGAAAGAGAAAGCCAAAGCUUUGGAGGACUUUUAUAGGUUCCAGACGCGAGAGAGACGGAAACAGGAGCAAGACGAGAUGGUGAAGCGUUUCGAGGAGGAUAAGAAGAUAGUGGAGGAGAUGAGAGCGAGGAGAGGGAAACUGGAAAUCAAUCCGGGCUGA